CCCAUACACAGCUGAACUUGUGGAUCAAAUGCAGGCGGGUUCGAUCCCACAACUCCCUACAAACCCACGUUAAAGAAGCCUGUUGCGCGCAAGCCUACUGCACGGCCAGCUGCAGGUCCAUCGACCAAGCCAUUCUCGAACACCACGGCGGACAAACGGAAGAACGCGCGGAAGUCGCCCGAGGUCGGAGAUGAUACCAAUGAUGUCUAUAUUCUUGAUCCAUCAGAGGAGCAGGAAGAAGGGUCUGACAUCGAGCCACUAAUGACGAAGAACAAGGCCAAGAGGACUGAGCCACCAACUGUCAAUGGAAAGGCAACGACGAGGGUCAAUGGCAAGCCCAAAGCAGAUCCUCCUCACAAACUCUCAAAAAAGGUCUCGAAAACUAUUCCCAUGGAGGUCAAGGAGGACUUCGAGAUGAUUGAAGGUUCGGAAGAUGAAAUACCAAUCACCCAGAAAGUCGUGGCCUCUAGGAAGGCUAGACAGACGAGCACCACCGUACCUUUAGCGCCCCGAGUGAAAGAGAACGCGGUAUCAACGCGUGAAUUUGAACGCAUCACGAAACAGCUCGAAGAAGUCAUCUCACAACGUGACCAGCUAACCAACCAGCUGGAGGAGUUGUUCUCGAUACGACAAACAGAGCAAGAGGAGGCACUUGAGGCAAGUAAUGUGGUCUAUGAAACCAAGAUCAAGGCGCAGGAAGAUCUCAUUCAAGAGCUUACAUCUCAAAUUGCGCGAAUAGACCCUCUCGUGAACACGGGACAAACAUCGACAUUGCACUUUCUCACGCGGGAAGCCGCAGAAGAAGAACAGCGCGCUAUCAAAGCAAAAAUAGCAGACUUGAAAAGCGUCAUCAAGGAGAAGGACCAGAUCAUCAAAAGUAAAGACAUUGACAUAGAAAAUGUCCGACAGCAAUUGAAGGACGCUCAGAAGGAGCUCGACGCAGAGGUUGAGAGGUCCAAGGCUAUCGCCAGUAAAGCACGGGGGCCUGCUGCGACCGCCACUACCAGCGCGAAAUCCGUCUCCGUUCAUGACCCCCAUCACAGCGCAACUAUCCAGCUCUAUGAGGACGUGACAAACUUACUAAUUACGGGGGCCAAGAUAGCCGAGGGUCCAAUGCCAAAGACGGACUCAGUCACCUUUCGCUGCGUCUAUUCAGGUGGUUCUCCGACUAAGAGCCUUAACUUUUCACUGCAUACGUAUUGGACUCCAAAGCACGACGCGCAAGAACCCUAUGCUUUGACGGACUUUGAUGAGCAGGUUCAAUUCACACCACUAGAGCUAGACAAAGAAUCGCCAGACUUCGUCGAAUCUCUCGAUUUCCUCAAGGAUACAUUCACGUUUUCAAGAAACCAGAUGGAUGUCUUUCUCAAAACGCUGUGGGAUAAUGUAGGGGGUCCUGGCGCAGAUAAUGACGAUGACGUGGAGAUGGUAGAGUGAUGAUGAGCCCGGUGCUGUAUCUAUUAUUCUGCGAUCUUGAAUCCUUUUGUUUCUACCAUUUGUGAUCGAGUAACAGUACUGUAUGUUUAGGCAGCUCACCUACCGAACACCCUGUAGGGUAGUCCCUUAUACAAGAUACCUGCAGAGACAUUUAGUAUCGUCUUCGGGCUUUGUACCAGUUCCCUUAAUCAAGCGUAGUCCACCUUCCCCACAGCUGUAUUAUCUGUCGGGAUUUGUGCACCGGCCUUCUCCCAUAUCCUGACUGCCCUUCCAUCGCCGUUGCGAAGCGCGUUUUCCAUAGCCAAACUGACAAAGCCGCCUUCUACAUCAGAUCCAUUUAGAUUUGCGCCGGCUUUGACUAGAGUAUCCACGACGGAGUUAUGACCCUGCCGGGCAGCAUAAUAGAGUGCAGUGUGACCCAGAGUAUCUCGCAGAUGGACUAACGCCCCCGCUUCUAACAAGACAUUGAUUGUCUUCAAGCUCCCAUUGAUCGCAGCGACAUGCAAAGGCGACCGGCCGGAGGCUGGGUUGAUCCAACUGACAAUCCCUCCUGCUGCAGUACGUAGUUGCCCGGAUUCCACUGAGUCAUCGCCGGCAGUUCUCUCCGAAGCUAAGCAGUACAGUACGCCCUCAACGUCAUCAGCCGCGGCAGCGAGAUGUAUCAGGGAUGAGAACAAUGCUGUCUCGGUCAAGGCGGCUUCAGCCACAGUCGAGGACCAUGGAGCAGCUGCUUCCCUCGCUGCUUUGUCCAUUUCAUCUAUGGACACUAUGAUUUUCGGUGAUUGGUGCGUAGGUAGGGACGAGAGGCGAACGACAUGUGACAGGACGCCUUCGAUGUUUUCAAUGUUUUGAUCCAGCGUUAGCUGGCGAGGUGUAGCAUUACUGAUAGAGCGGGUGAGUUCACCGCGAAGAGGCGUUCCAAUGAGGUUGCGGACUUCAGUGGGAGUAAGCUCGGGCUUGGACAGAAGAUAACCCAGUUUCGUGAGCGCGCUCUCGGGGGUCAUGUCCCCUCCCGGAACAACGCCGGAUUGUAAGAGAGUCCUACCAGUUUCAUAGGCAUCAGAUACAGCGCCUUUGGCACACUGGGUGAUAGCAACUAUUACGACACCGCGGUCGCAGGCCUCCCGCAGUGAGGCCAUCAGAUCUUUUCGUUGAGGUGCAUUGCCGGCACCAAACGUCUCAAGAACAAC